AUUCCGUUCAGUUUCGGGCAAGAUGGGCGAUGGCGCACCUCGCCGGGCAGUAGCUUAGACUCUACCUACAAUACAACACACACACCAAAUGUUUCCUAUAAACCACAAGUAACAAUUAACCAAUUGUACAUUAAUCUUAUUUAAGGGAAACAACACGAGAGGAAGAGAGAGACACACACGUCACUACACGCUCUACACGCAAGCUCUAUUUUUGUAAUAACCCGCCGUAAAAGAAAAAAAAAUUUGUAGUGUGCUCCGCGAUACACCGCGGGUGUAAUUUGUACGACCGUUGAGUGAGCCCCGUUCUCUACGUAGAAGUAGAAAGGUACGUGAUAGAAGAGGAACCAGAAACAGGGAGAAGAGCGAGACCGCGCUGCGCCGGGACGAGGUGGACAUCGAUCAUCGUGCAAGACGAGUUAAGAGAGCGAGAAGGAAUAACGGAGGAAGAGUAGAGGAAGCAGCAGCGGAACAUUAGAAAAGGAGCGACCGUUUGUGUGCGCGCUGUGUGUGUGUGUGCGCGCAUAUGUGUGUUGUACGCGUGUGCUACGAAGGCACCACGACAGUGGAUAGCGACGACGAGAAUUACUACUGCUACCACCAUCACGGCGAAAAGUAACAGUCGCGAGAUAUAGUAACGGCCAGGGCAACGACGUCGACGACGAGAACGUCGUUGAGAGUGGUCGCGUGAGAGACGCACGGCUCUCGAUUCGCUCGCUCGCUCGCGCGCGCGACGCCGACGGCGACGGCGGCGACAACAACGGCGGAGGGAAAAGCGGAUCGACGUAGUGAGGAUCGCCGGCGAUCAGUUGAGAAGUGAUUGGGUACCGCAUGCCGACACCACCGCCAGCGCUCGGCGACAGCGGCGCGCUGAAAACGAGGAGCGGCCGAUAAGCGACGGCGACUCUCCGGCUCUGCACGACGGUGCUACGCGGCAGUCGCCGUUAGACCCUCGGUAUCGCGACGCGGCGUCGCGCAGGCCGCGCUUUCUUUCUCUCUCUCCGUUUUUCCCCCCCCCCUUCGUUUCGGAACGUUCGAGUCGGGUGUGUGUAGUGCGUGAGUGCGUCUGAUACGUGUGUAUAUAUAUAUAUAUAUACACAUAUACAUACACGGUGGAAGGUUAACGACGCUGCCGACGACAACGACGACAAGAAGACGCGCAGGCUGCGCACGAGAGUGGUGCACGACGACCGGCUGCCGGCGUGCUGCUGUGCGGUAGUUAAUAACGGCGGUAGCCAAUAGUUUAUUCGUUCAGUAGUGUCGCCGGUAGUGAGCGAGGAACGUGCGGUGUAGUGUGGUCCAGUGACGUGACGUGACGUGACGACGACGACGACGACGACGACGACAACGUCGUCGGUAUAGCAGCUAAGCGACGUACAGAAGAACGGCGAGGAGGCGCCGUCGACAAGCAGGAGCGGGAGCAGGAGGCAGCGGGAGCAACGGCGCAGGAGGUGGGGAAGGAGUUGAAAGAACCGAAGCGACGGCGCGAAAGCGACCGGCGGCGAGGGCAACGACGACGACGACGACAGCCGACGGUGGUUUUUAGGCUGCGCAUCGUCGCGCCGGCGUGAAUUGUUAUUAUUGUUAUUAUCAUUGCUACUACCGCUGCAUCGUAUCAUCGACGGGCGCCGCGCGACUUUUACUACGCCGCUAGCAGCAUGUCCGUGAGAAUGGAGAACGUGGCCCCGCCGAGGAAGAUCAACUAUAAGAUGAUGGGCGCGAACGGCCCGAGACCGACAUACGUGGGCGCCAACAACGGUAACGCGGGCGGUGCCGGUGGAGGCGGCGCCGGUGGCGGCGGCGGCGGAGGUGGUGGUGGCGGCGGCGGUGGCAGCGGUGCCAGUGCCGGUGGCGUCGGCGUGGGACCCGCGGCCGGCGCUGGAGGUGGUGGCGGCGGUGGCGGUGGCGGUGGUGGUGGUGGCCACGGUUUGAAGGGCAACGCGGGCGGCGGGCCGAGGGGCGGCAAUCCGGUGCAGUAUCGCGCGAGCGGCGGCGGAGCGGCCACCUGGAGCACGCCGUCUCACCCGGCCGCGGCGGCGGCAGCGGCGGCCGUGUACCCGCCCUACACGCGGUAUCCGAGCGCGGCGGCGGCAGCGGCAGCGGCGGUCAGUGGUCCACAGCAGCUGCCGGCUUCCGCUAAUCCUUUCGUCACCGCCGCUUCUUAUGCGCAGCAUGCGUCGUAUGGGGGACAGCGGGUGCCUACUGCUUCGUCCCCUGCGAACACAAACAGCAGCUCUAGCAGUGCUACCGGUAGCCAAAGCGGAACAAUGAGCACGAGUCUCAGCAAUAACGCUAUGCAGGGUCAGCAAACGGAGCAGCUAUCGAAGACAAAUCUUUAUAUCCGUGGCCUCAACCAAAACACAACUGAUAAGGACCUCGUUAACAUGUGUUCUCAAUACGGAACUAUAACAUCAACGAAGGCGAUACUUGACAAGAAUACAAAUAAAUGUAAAGGUUAUGGCUUCGUAGACUUUGAGUCACCACUGGCGGCAGAGGGUGCUGUGAAAGCACUGGUCGCCAAAGGGAUCCAGGCUCAGAUGGCGAAAGUGGGUAUCUGGUUGCUCCGUAGACUGGACAGUGUACGUUGGUUGUGCAUGCAACAACAGGAGCAGGAUCCGACCAAUCUGUAUAUUGCCAACCUGCCGCUUAACUUCAAAGAGAACGAUGUGGAGACACUGCUCGCCCAAUACGGACAAGUCAUCUCGACCCGCAUACUGCGCGACACCUCUGGACAAAGCAAAGGUGUCGGUUUCGCAAGGAUGGAGUCUAAGGAGAAAUGUGAACAAAUAAUCCAGAUGUUUAAUGGCAAGGCUCUAGCGGGGGCUAAAGACCCCUUACUAGUUAAAUUCGCCGAUGGUGGUAAUAAGAAGAAAUCUUUAUUCAAAAGUACAAUAUGGAGAGAAACUGGCGAAAACAUGACUUUGAAUUACGACACGAGCGGAGUCGGUCAGAACGGCGUCGCCGCGACUCACAUGCUUCCUGCAGCGACCCUGACGCAGUAUAGUCGUCACUACAGUCAAGCAUUGCCUGGUUACAGCGUGCCUGGUACCCCAUGGGUGGCCCCUUACCUCGUUCAGACCGCCCCACCACAUAUGCAACAGGUCGACAUGAUACCAUCAGCUGAUCCUAGCAAUCCGCAGUACAGUAUGAUUCCUCAGCUUACUACGCAAAUGUCUACCUUACAUCUUGGCACUGGUUCCUACAUUGCGAGCCCGCAUCCGUAUCCGUACACUACUUACCCUGCCCCGAGCAUCAUACAUACCAUGCCGCUGGGCGAUUCGGAGCAGACGAGUAAUGCGGCGUCCCCGGACGACUCCUACCAGCAGUACCAGGCUCAGCAGCCUAAGUAGGCCACGGUUUAUAGACGUACGUUCGCGCGGAGGAUCACCGUAAAUUAGA